GGGCCGGGCGUUGGGCCCCGCGGAGCCCGCGCCAUGGCGGCUGAGGAGCCGGCUGUGAGCGGAGGCGGGGCCGUCGGCGGCUGCCUGGCCAAGGACGGCUCGCCGCAGCCUCAGCGCCUGGACGCGGCCCCAGCCCGGCGGCGUGCGUCGUCGCUGUCUCGUGACGCCGAGCGCCGAGCCUACCAAUGGUGCCGGGAGUACCUGGGCGGGGCCUGGCGCCGGGUGCUGCCCGAGGAGCUCAGGGUGCACCCCGUGAGCGGCGGCCUCAGUAACCUGCUGUUCCGGUGCGCGCUCCCCGACCACUUGCCCAGCGUUGGCGACGAGCCCCGGGAGGUGCUGCUGCGGCUGUAUGGGGCCAUCCUGCAGGGUGUGGACUCCUUGGUCCUGGAAAGCGUGAUGUUCGCCAUCCUUGCAGAGCGGUCGCUGGGACCCCAGCUCUACGGAGUCUUUCCGGAGGGCCGGCUGGAACAGUACAUCCCAAGCCGGCCACUGAAAACCCAAGAGCUUCGAGAGCCAGUGCUGUCGGCAGCUAUCGCCACCAAGAUGGCCCAGUUCCAUGGCAUGGAGAUGCCCUUCGCCAAGGAACCCCACUGGCUGUUUGGGACCAUGGAGCGGUACCUGAAGCAAAUCCAGGACCUGCCCGACACUGGCCUCCCCCUGAUGGACCUGCUGGCGACAUACAGUCUGAAGGAAGAGAUGGGCAACCUCAGGAAGUUGCUGGACUCAACUCCAUCCCCGGUGGUCUUCUGCCACAAUGACAUCCAGGAAGGGAACAUCUUGCUGCUCUCAGAGCCACAGAACACUGACGGCCUCAUGCUGGUAGACUUUGAGUACAGCAGUUACAACUACAGGGGCUUUGACAUUGGGAACCAUUUUUGUGAGUGGGUUUACGAUUAUACUCACGAGGAAUGGCCUUUCUACAAAGCACAGCCCACAGACUAUCCCACUCGGGGCCAGCAGCUCCAUUUUAUUCGCCAUUACCUGGCAGAAGUAAAGAAAGGUGAGACCCUCUCCCAAGAUGAGCAGAGACAGCUGGAAGAAGACUUGCUGAUAGAGGUCAAUCGGUAUGCGCUGGCAUCCCAUUUCUUCUGGGGCCUGUGGUCCAUCCUCCAGGCAUCCAUGUCCACCAUAGAAUUUGGUUACUUGGACUAUGCCCAGUCUCGGUUCCAGUUCUACUUCCAGCAGAAGCGCCAGCUGACCAGCUUCCACUCCUCGUCCUGACGGCCCACACUUGACCCUCCAUCCUCGGAUUCCACCGGAGCCUCCAGGGCAGGACCCUGGAGGCCCUGGGGGUGGGGCUGUGCCCCAAGUGAGGCUGAGGACCCCGUGGUGGGCAGGAGCCCCUGGGCUGUGUACCCUAAGACAAUAAAUGAGCUGUUUCCCUCACACCCUGUCCUGGCUCUCAC